UCUGUCAGUGUCACAUUCCUCACCUCUGUCAUUGUACUAUACAAAAAGGAUUUAAAUUUGAUAUCAAUAUUUUGGAUCGUGUGUCUUUAGAGGGUACUAUAUUACAAAAGAGUAAAUGGAAUAUAUAUGCAAUGAUAUUGUGUAAGAUGCAGGUUAUAUCAACAAACUCGACAGAAAAAUAAUUCAGUUGACAAUACGACGAAAAACCUCACGUCAUGGAUGCUGGAGGGGACAGACUGCAUGGAACGAAUAUAGCUGUUAUUCGAGAGGUCUAUGAUAGUGAGUACUCGCAGCAUGGCUUUUCAAUAGAGCUUGAAAAAGCUUUACAUGCUAAAUGUUCGAUCAUCAUCAUAGAACCUACACCGCUAGGAGACGAAACAGCUAGAUGGAUUACUUUUGGAAAUUAUAUUCAUAAGACUGCGGUUUUAUCAGGGUUAGCCUCCCAUUUAAUAGGUUUUUUUUGGCCUAAGAGUGUAAUACUUCAGGGAACAUUUUGCACAGCAUCUAUUUUAACAACAGCCUUAUAUACUGCUUCCUGGCAGUUUGACCAUUGUGUUAAAUAUCAGGUUGAACGAGAUAGAUCCCGGCUGGCAAGACUUCCAAUACUUGGAGUAUUAACAACAACUACUCCUGUAGUUUUAGUAAGAAAAGAUGAUACUAGGAGAAAAAUUCUACAUUGUACAGUUUCUCUCACAGCAGCUGCAUUUUGCAUUUACAAAUUAUAUCACACAGUUAAAUAAUAAAAGUAGAAUGUUGUUCCCUAGUAGUUAUAAUUAACUUGUUAGUUAUUUUACUGUUGAUGAUUAAGCGAUAGGAGAAUUUUUAAUGUAAUGAACAAUUUCAUGUUCAUUGAUCCUGAGAUUCCUGUGUUCUUCUAAUUGUAUGUUUAUUGAGAUGUUUCUUUAUAUUCUGUUGUUAUAAAUUGUAUUCCUUUUGAAUGAUAAGUAUGACACAACUACAUUUUAAAAUACAAAAUAUAUUAUGUUUUCGAAUAUAAUUAUCAUCUGGUAUGAUAUUUUUGAUAUUUUAAAAAAUGAAUAUAAAGAUAUCAUCUGAAGGAGAUCUGCUCUGCAAUUAUAGAGAAUUGUAAUUUAUUUUGAUCGAAAUAUAUUUACAUAUUGAAAAGUC